AUGCCUGGAAACGACGUUCUACGGUCCCUGAGGCUGCUGUCACGCAGCUCAGGCGGACUCCUCUCCGGCCCGAAGCAAGUGACGGUUAGUGCUUUCCAUGUGUUCCUCCAGAUUCGAUUCCAGGGCACAGUCACUGAUUCAGAUCAACAGCAACGAUGCCUGACACGCUCAAUGGCAACCGAAGCCCAGACACAACCAUCAGUGGCGACUCAAAAUGCUAUCCCAGCCGAACGCGCAGAACGUCCAGGUGGCCAAACCCCUGUUCAAGUCAUGACCUACCGGUGGCCUGACCUGAAGCCCGAACGCCUGUUCCACUACUCCCGGAGGCUCCUUCAAAUGCCCGUUCGUCACGAUAUCCUCCACCGCGCAGUAGUUUACGAAGGUGAUUCGACCCGACAAGGUUCCGCCAGCACCAAGUGGAGGGACGAUGUGCACGGUAGUCACAGGAAGCUAUAUGCGCAAAAGGGCUCUGGUCGUGCGCGUGCGGGUGAUAAGAUGUCACCAGUCCGACGAGGUGGUGGUGUUGCCCACGGACCUCAUCCCCGUGAUUUCUCGACCGAUUUGCCACGAAAGAUCUAUGAUCAAGCCUGGCGCAUUGCCCUCAGCCACCGUCUUGCCCGUGGUGAAUUGAUUGUCCUCGAUAACAGCAUUGAAAUCGCCGAAGAAGCGACUCCGUUCUUUGUCAAGAACCUCGUUGAGGCUCACGGCUGGUACGGAAAGGGCCGGUCCACAUUCAUUACGCUCCAGCCCAACGACAAGUUCUCUGAUGCCGUCGAAAAGUUCAGCAAACACGCACGAACUAUCUGCCUCGAGGACUUGGAUGUGAAGAAUCUUUUGGAGACCGGGCGAUUGGUUAUUGAGAAGAAUGCACUCCACAGGAUCUUGCUUUCGCAUUCGACAGAUUUGUCGAAGAUGGACACCCUCUUUUCGCCUUCGGCGGACGGAAGCAAGGUGUACCCCCUUAACGUUAGCCGGAUGAAGUCUGCACGUCUGGUUUAA